CUCUGGAUAAUAACGAGUUUAAGACUGAACAGCGGCUUUAUGCUUCAGAUUUUUUAUUAGAUCAAGUGGUUUGCCGGUUUUAGUGCAAUACACAUGGACGGAAGACAAUCAUAACUGACACGAGCACAAUAUAACAGAUCCCGGAGACGCACCUUUGGAUAUGAGAUGACGGCAGACUACUUUGGCUGUUGGAAGGGAUGUUGCUGUGGGUUACUAGGAGCUGAAAGGUUAGGAACAGAAGAACCCAACACUGACCGAUAGACCAGUCUCUGGAUUUGGCUGUUCUGCUCAGCGGCCUCCUGAUUUGUGAACAGGAUGGUGUAUUUAGUGUCACUCUGUGCCUGUUUGCUAUUUGUAAUUGUCCUCAGCACAUGUCAUGUCAUCCCCCGCCUCUCUUUUCCCAUGGGUAGUCCAGGUCGUUCUCUCACUGUCUUCACAAAUCCUGAUGUUUACAACACCACAACGCUGUUGCUUAGCAACAAUGAGGACACCUUAUUUGUUGGAGCUCGAGACACCGUUCUCUCUAUAGAUGUCAGUCAGACUGACACUAUGACCAUGAAGAAGAAGAUGGACUGGUCGCCCUCAGAAAAAGACCUAGCUGAUUGUUCCAUGAAAGGAAAAAUGAAGCCGGAUUGUUACAACUUUGUGAGGGUUCUGCAAGUGCUCAACUCCACCCAUAUGUACACCUGUGGAACGUUUGCCUUCAGCCCACGCUGCAUCUACAUCAAUGUAAAGACGUUCUCUAUGGCCCUAGGCCCCAGCGGUAAGCCCGAAGAAGGCAGAGGUCGCUGCCCUUACGACCCGUACCAGAAGAACACGGCCAUCACUGUAGAUGGAGAGCUGUACACAGGAACAGUAGCAGACUAUAGGGGGAAUCGACCCGUCAUCUCACGACACUUGAGUGAGGGCAGCCACGUUGAUCUCAAACUGGAUGAUACACUCGGGUGGCUAGAAGAUCCUACAUUCAUCAGCUCCACCUAUAUUCCCAGUGAGGAGAAGGUUUAUUUCUUCUUCAGUGAGACUGGAAGAGAGUACGACUUCAUUGACAAGUUUACUGUGUCUCGCAUUGCCCAAGUUUGCACUAGUGAUGUGGGUGGGCAGCGAACUCUGCAAAGACGCUGGACCACCUUUGCCAAGGCUCAGCUACUGUGUCAAGCUGACCAAGAACUGCCAUACAAUGUCCUGCAGGAUAUUGUCACCCUUCCACCACCAGAGGGCACUUCUGAGGAUGAAACGCUGUUCUAUGGGAUUUUUAGUUCUCAGUGGCAGGUGAACUUGGGUCGUUCAGCGGUAUGUGCUUUCAGCCUCAAGAGCAUUAAAGAGGUGUUUGGAGGAAACUACAAGGUUUUGAAUCGGGACACUUUAAAAUGGAGCACACGGUUGCAGGAGAAAAUGGCAAACCCUGGAGAGUGUGGCCUCCAUAAUGCGUCAGACAACACGCUGCGCUUUGUUAAGGAGAACUUCCUAGCUGACAAAAAUGUUCCGCCAGUUACUAAGGGCCUAUCAAUGGUGUCUCCUGAUCAGAGCUACAGCAAUAUCGCAGCUCAGAGAGUGCGGGGAGCCCACGGCAGAGAUUACACUGUGCUCUACUUGCUCACAGACUCAGGUUACCUGCACAAAGCUGUGGUUCUGGAGAAAGGAGCCCACAUCAUUGAGGAGAUCCAGGUGUUCCAUCAACCUCAGCUAGUGAAAAACCUCCUGAUUUCAAUCUCAAAGGGUGUAGUUUUGAUAGGCUCUUCAGAAGGAGUGGUGUCAGUACCUGUGUCCAACUGCUCAUACUACUGGAGUUGUGCUGAGUGUAUUCUAGCCAGAGACCCCUUCUGCGGCUGGGACCCUGUGAUGAAAGUCUGCACAGAAAUAAAUCAGAACCAGCUUGUCCAGGAUGUAGACGGGGGUAAUGUAUCGGAUCAGUGUAAAUCUGUGACCCCCAGGUCGCGCUCGGGCCAGGGCCGAUCCCCCUCAGCUGUUUGUCCUCCAGGUGAGGUAGUCUCUGUGUCUUUAAACGAGGUGGUACACCUGCUGUGUCCCAAAGCGUCACACCUCGCCAAGCGCCACUGGGAGCGUCCAAACAGCCAGCUCUCGUCCAAAAUCUACAUUCAACCAGACAACGGCAGCCUCAGUUUUGUUGCAACUCCAUCCACCCUGGGACACUACCUGUGCCAGUCUGAGGAAAACGGCUACACCCAAACCCUCAUCGUCUACCACGUUAAACAGAAAAGCAACCCCACCAUUCCACCAGUCACCCCGAGCCGCUCACAGAGCACCCUGGCCGCUGAUGCAGGCAGUAAAGACCCGGUCUCCACAAACAGGUGGAUGACACCCACACGGGCCGAGCCAAAGCCUAAAACUGAAGAGCCUGAGCCCACUGUUGCUUACAAUGAUACGCCGGCAGUCACCACACAGAAAAGCAGGAACUUUACUCGCUGGUUUGAAUCAGAAGUGAAGAAAUCUCGCAUGAGUGAGCCUGGUGAAAACCUCCAGCUCGCUGACAAACCCAGCUACCUGCAGGAACUAGUUGUGGUGUCCGUUUUGUUAGCUCUGUGUGUCAGCGCCUUGCUAACUAUCGCCCUCUACAAGUUUCAGCAACCGUGUCACAGCAGGACGGUCCCACAGACGCCCUCCUCUUGCAGGGAUGCUGAGAGGGGCAGAGCUGCAACGCCCCAGGAAAGAGAGACUCUCCGAGGGCACUCGCCACAUGGGGAAAAGCGGAAUGGAAAGGCACCCAAUGGACGGUCACAUAACGGUCAGACGCACAAUGGCAAAUCUCCCAUUACACUGAGCAACAGUAUGCUGAACGGCUCGAAUGGCCAUCUUCCCAACACACCCAUUUGAGGGCAGAUGCGCUGUGUUUAAAUUAUAUUCAGUUUUUUCUGAGCCAUAUUUGGGUUUGUGCGGUGUCAGACCUUUGAGCUUUGUUCCUUUACCACUUUAGUGGCACGAUCACUUUGCACUCGGAAAGAAAAGAAAACUGGAAAAAAAAAAACACAUUGCAACCUUUAACAAACCUUUGGAGCUGUAAGACUCAAAGAUCUGCUCUUGGACCUUUCUAGAAGUUGGUACAAUUGUAAAUUUUGUGGUUUGUAAAUAUUUAAGUUGUAAUUUAUGUGACAACUGUUUCUUUCAGUGUAAAUUGUAUCAUAGAUCUUAAACCUCUCUCAAACCACUUUCAGACAAACUCAAAAUGAGAUCAAAUUUCAUGUUUUUAAUUACGCUCAACUUACAUUUUUAAAUUGAUAUUUUAGUCUAAUCAGUUCAGUUAAAUAAACCUAUAUUACAAAUGUACUUUUGAUGGACCUAAAUGAUAAGACAUGUUUAGAGAGAUCGCAUAACUAAUUAAAUUAUCAUAUGUCUAUUAUUAACAGGUAGCUGAAAAAUGAAAGUACUUUGGUUUACUUUGUAAGCUUUUAAUAUCGACUUGGGGUUGAUUCACUAGUUCCUUUCCAAAUUUUCGUAAUUUCCACGUUUGUCCAUUAUAACAUAGUUUCUUGUUGUUCAGAGUUGCUACGUUACACAUCGAAUUUCAUAUUAUUCUAGUUUAUGUGGGUGAUUCUAAUGAAGCCAGUCAAGAAAAUGUCAUGGUCCAAUUUGACUCCAAAAUCAAAAGAAACAAGAAAAUAUUUAGCAUAUAGAAAAUGAAGCCUGUUUUUUUUAACCGUUUUAUUAUAACCAUUUUUUAACCAUUAUUUAUUAUAUUGUGAAAUUAUUUUAAUGCCAGCAGCGCACAUUUUAGCCCCAAAUUCUCAUUACUGCAAUGGGAAAAAUGAUGGUCAUUGUAAUAUUCUCAUUACCGCAACAUGACAAAAACUGAUUUACUAAUUAUAGUAAGUACUUAUACAGCAUAGUGGUGCUGACUUGGUAUUGUCUUUUAUUUUUUGCUGAUUUUAUAAACAAAACAAAAAACUGUGUACAUCAUUGUGCAUCAUUUUUACUGUAAUACAGUGAAAAACUGACUGUUACGGUAAUUAAAAUAAUCACUGAAAAAAUUACGAAUAGUAAAAGUCAAAUGUCCAGAGGCUUAAUGAGAAUUUGGGGGGUAAAUGUAUCCUGAAAAUAAUGUCACAGUGCAAAAUAUCUUGAAUGUAGGCUUCAUUUUAUUUAUGCAAAAUAUGAUUUCAUAUUAUUAUUAUUAUUAUUAUAGGGGUUAAAUAUGACCUGGACGUUUUACUUGAUAGGUUUCAUGAGAAUCACCUAUGCAUAUGUUCUAUUUUCUUGUCUAAUUCCUAAUUUUGAACAUUUAGACAACAUUCUUCUGUUAACACAUUUCUUUUUUUUUCAUAGUCAUGGCACCAAUUGAAAAGAAAGCUUUCAAAGACAAAGUGGUUUAAUGUAAUUGCUGAGAAUUUUGUAUGUUUAUUGUGUAAAGAGUUCGGAAUCAGGCAUGUGCAAAUACGGGUACUUGUUGAUUUGUUCAUUCAGUUUGGAUAUUUCUCUAUCAUUUAUUUCUAGAUAUAUAUCUUAAUAUUGAAAUGAUACUCAAAAAAGUAUUAUUAUAGUACUCUGGACCUGAUACAGAAGUGUGUAGCCUGGUUACCUCUAUCGAAUAUUUGGGCUGAACUGCAACCAAAUCCACUGUAGUGAAAGGGACUGAACCAAUCACUUGUCCCUUAGUUUGUUUCCCAGGGCUGCAAUGUAACGCUGAAUGGUACAGAGUUGAAAUCCUCAUUAUGGGGAAAUCACUUGUAAAUUGCCAAAUGUUAAUUUUAUAAACCAUUGAUGGAUAACAUGUUUUGUUGCUAGACAGUUCUUUCUGUGGUUCAAAGAACAUUAAAUAUUUGUCUUUGGAUAUCAGUCCACUCAAAGCCCAAAUAUGUGAAGCCUUUCAAAGGACUAAAUGCAUAUACCUGCACACCACUGUUUACAAAAUUAUUGUAUCUUUAUGUUUUAUUUAAAAGUUAAU